AUGGACGACAAAGGGCCAAUGAUGAUUGCGUUGUGCUGGAUAUUCACAAUAUUCGCCCUUCUCUUCGUCGGCGCUCGUCUCUACGUCCGAGCUGUCGUGCAUGGCAAGCUCGGCUUCGAUGACUACAUCAUUAUCUUCUCGUGUUUCUGCGCCGUUCUCUCCAACAUUUUCGUAACGAUAUCCGUCUCCUGGGGCAACGGCCGACACUUUGCCGAUCUCGACCUCGAGCAAAAGGAAAACACCAUCAAAUGGAUGAUAGCCGCCUACUUCCCCGGAAUCAAAACGCUCGGCUUUCCCAAGCUGGCCGUUAUCGCCCUCCUGGUCCGACUGCUCGCGCCCAGCCGGCUGCACACCAUGGUCUUGUGGUCCAUGGGCACCAUCUGCUGCCUGUCGCACACGGUUAUGGUCAUGACUUUGCUCCUGCAGUGCACGCCGACUCAUGCGCUCUGGACUCUUACCAUGCCCCAUAACUGUCUUGCUCUGGGGCUGCUGGAGGGGCCACCCUCAGACGAUCUCUGCGACCCGUUAUACUGGACUUCAAUCGAAGGCAACCUAAUAAUAAUAGCAGCCUGCAUCCCCCUCCUCCAACCCCUCGUCGAAAAAGCCAAAGGCCGCAAAAUCUGGCGAUCCAAGGGCUACAAGACCGGCUCCAGCAAUGACGACGACGGUGGUCACUACGCCGAAGCUUUGAGCAAAAGCAAGCGCAGCGCUGGACCGGACGCCCUCGAGAUGGGAAGUACCUCUAGAAACAAAAAGAAGGUGGAUCAGUACGGGUUUACGAUGCAUGCUAAGGAGGAGAGCGAGGAGGACGAGGAGAAUUUGAAGAAGGAGGAUAGUAACAACAGCAAUACAGAGGAGGAGGAAAUGGAGGGAGGGUCAGGGCGGGGACGUGAAAGUGUCGGGAGGAUUGUGCAGACUCGGUCUGUUACUGUUACUGUUGCUUAUGAAGAUCAAGUGGGGGAGUCCGGAGGGGGGACGACGACGGCUGCUACUAGGGGGGCUGCUGUUUAG